AUGGUAAAACUCUCCUAAUCAACGCAUUUGAUCAAAACACAUCUAUUUUCAGUUUUUCCUACAUACCAGGGUUAUUUCACAUUCGUAAUUAUUCCUGACAAUUCAUUAUUAAUAUGGAUUAAUGUAAUGACAAAACUCCGAUACUGAUGCGAUACUUUCAAAUUUUGAACAUAAUAUUGUUCUACGCCAUAUUUUUUUCCCUUUUCAAUGUGCCACACAUUGUUUCUGCGGAGUAAAGCUAUAAACCCAAGAAUUACUUAUUUCUUCCAGGCCGAUAAAUGUCUAUACUUCGUGAACAAACUAAUGAUGCUUUCAUGGAAUUUCAAAAUCACUCGAAGGCUCAAUAUCUUCGUACAUCAACUCAGCCACUGUAAGGUGGGAUUUACAGCAUGUGGACUCUUUGAGAUAGAUGGUACUCUGGUUUUUACUAUUAUUGCAGCAGCCACAAUGUAUUUGAUAGUUACAUAUCAAUUUCAACAAGGCUUGAAUAAAAGCUGUAAUAGUACUCUACUUUGAAGUAUGAAUGCUAUAAAAAAGGCAACCA